AGGCAGGUGAUGACCCAGAAUGAUCCAGAUGUAGGCCAGGUGCGGAUGCAGGAACAUGGGUGCAGCAGCAGGUAGGUAUGGCGGCAACCAGGAUGCAGACCAGGUGCAGAUGCAGGAGCAUAGGUGAGGCAGCAGGUAGGUAUGGCGGUAACCAUGGUGCAGACCAGGUGCAGCGGUGUCAAACAAGCUGGGUCAGGAUCAAUCGGGCAUAUCAGGUACAAGGGAGCAGGUAUGCGGAUAGUCAGGGAUAAGCCAGGUCAGUGCAGGCGGAGUUCUUUCUUAGUCAGGGUCAGAUCAGAUACAGGCAACAGAAUCUGGUUAUCAAGUACAGGACGU